UGCGUCAUGGCAGGGCGGCGGCGCGCUGCACUGUGGGAAGGAGCGGGCUCACCAUCAUGGCGGCCUCCAUUUCGGGUUAUACGUUCUGUUCCUUAUGUUACCACAGCGCCAACAGCGGCUCGGACCACGAAGGAUUUCUGCUGGGAGAAGUGAGGCAAGAGGAAACAUUCUCCAUCAGUGAUUCACAGAUUAGCAACACAGAACUUCUGCAAGUUAUAGAGAUCCAUAGACAGGAGCCGUGCACAAACCUUUUCAGUUUCUAUGAUUAUGCGGGAACUGUCAACGAGGAAAGUCUCGAUCGGAUUCUUAAAGACAGACGAAAAAACGUAAUUGGUUGGUACAGAUUUAGAAGAAACACACAGCAGCAAAUGUCGUAUAGAGAGCAGAUCUUGCACAAACAGUUGACUCACCUUCUUGGAGCACCUGACCUCGUUUUCCUGUUGAUCACUUUCAUUUCUACUGCCAACACCUCUACUCACGCCUUGGAAUAUGUGCUCUUUAGGCCUAACCGCAGGCAUAACCAGAGGGUUUCCCUCACAAUUCCAAACUUGGGCACAACCAGUCAACAGGAAUAUAAAGUGUCUUCCGUGCCAAACACUUCCCAGAAUUAUGCCAAAGUGAUCAAAGAACAUGGUACCAAUUUUUUUGACAAAGAUGGAGUGAUGAAGGACAUCAGGCUAAUAUAUCAGGUGUAUAAUGCUCUGCAAGAGAAGGUUCAGGCUGUCUGUGAAGAAGUAGAGAAGAGCGAGAGGGUGGUGGAAUCCUGUCAGGCAGAAGUGGACAAACUUCGCACGCAGAUUUGUCAGAGAAAGGCAGAGAAGGAACGUGAGCAGAACCUCCGUCAUUCAUUGCAACUUCAGACAGAAGACGCCACAGACUGCAUGAUGAUGGUUUCCAGCGCAGACUGUAUUAAUGUUGCUUCUAGGCCGCUGGACCUUCACCCACCCGCAUACACAGAGGAGAAUGCAAGUACAACAGAUGCUGUAGAUAGCCCACCUGACAUGCCAAGACCACAAGCAGUAGGCUCCUCUUGCCAACUACUCAUAGAAAUAAAAGAUGGAGAACCGGGUGCCUGUAAGACAUCUGCGACCGAAGAAACAGAGGAAUCACAAAGUGACUAUAAGAAGUCAAGGCACCAUUCAGAGUCUCCUGAUAGUGACAUGGCUGAUGAUCAGCUCAGCGCACAACCUGAUGGCGACCCGGCUCAGCAAUGACUGUCUCACUUACGCCAGAUACCGGGCUAGGAGAUUCUGUAACAUGGAAUGUAAGCAAUGUGAAGCUGCCAGCCUUUGGGAGUAAAAGAAAAAACAAAAAAAACCUCGCUGCUUACUUGUAGCACUUCUACUUCCUCCAGCAGCUUCCACGUUCACUGACUUUUGAAUCAGCAGUGCUUCUGUGGAGCUGAUCAAACACAUGGAGCUGCUUAUUGUAUGUCUUGAGCCAGUACUGAUGCCCUCUUGGAGGAGUUAUUUAGACUGAAGGUAUUCAUAGGCAAAUAAGGGAGGUGAGAUAUCAUUGUACUUUAGCCCACAGUUGUGACCCACUUUCCCCUUCUCCAUACAAGGAUCUGCACAGCCUUCCUCUGUCAUUAAUGGGGGAGGGGUCAUUAUCUUUAAUCUCUCUAACUUAAAGGAAAACUGUCAUGGCAAAUUAGUUUUUUUUCUCAAAACGCAUCAGUUAAUAGUGCUGCUCCAGCAGAAUUCUGCAUUGAAAUCCGUUUCUCAAGAGUAAACAGAUUUUU